AUGACCUUUACUGUGUUGAUGACCAGAAAUGUUCAAAAAUGUUUCAAAUUUAUAACGGGUCCACAGAUAAUCAAACAAAUGUCAACAAAAUUGGCCGAAGAAGACAUAAAAGUAACUGAUGAUUGUGUAAAACGUCUUGAAGCUAUUUGUGACAAAGAUGAAUUCCUCCGUCUAUGUGUUGAAAGCGGUGGCUGUUCUGGAUAUCAAUACAAGUUUGAAUUAGAUAGAACUAUUGCAAACGAUGAUUGUGUAUUAGAGAAGCAAGGUAUUAAGAUAGUGGUGGAUACAACUUCCUUAAAUUAUAUCAGAGGAUCGACAAUUGACUAUGAACAACAGUUAAUCAGAGCUGCUUUUAGAUUAAUAAAAAAUCCAAAAGCAGAGGAUGGAUGUUCUUGUGGCGCGUCAUUUUCAAUAAAAAUAGACUGA